UAAAAGAUUCCACUAUUAGGAUUGUUAUCUAUCCUUUUUGGCUUUUGGCCCUGCCAGUAUUUGCGUAGGAUCCAAGUACUCUUUUCACUCUUUGCACUCAAAAAGCCAUUGCAGGAUCACACACACUGACAAAGAGAAAGAGAGAGAGAGAGAUUACUGGGUGUGUGUGGUUGACUGUGUAAAUGGGAAUCACAAAGUGUACUUGAACUGGGAUACAUCUGAUUCCUUUGUCUCUGCUGAUUCAUAUUCUCUUUAAGGACCAGAGACACUGGGUAAUUUAUGAUUCACACAAUAAGGCCUGAUGUGGCGACAUGGUUUUUAUAUUCCCUGAUCUACCUGCUCUUGAUGUUGCCUAUUUCCUGCCAGUGUUAAUACCUCAAAAAAUGCUAGAUGGUAACACUUUUAGCAUCACAGCAUGUUUUUCUGGCAACAUUUAUUUGUGUAUUAUCUUUUCGAAUAUUUUAUAAUUCUAGAGAGAUGACCAUAGUACAUAUGAAGAUUCAAUCUGUGGUCUUGCUUGUAGCUUAUUGACAUAAUUAAUCCAUGGAGUUUUCUUAUGUGUAAAUUAUAGUACUUGUUUUCUUACCUACUUGUGGGGCUUUACUCAGGAAGAGGUUUACCAGCCCGCAGAAAGUAAUAUUGCAUGGGUUGGUUUACCAAAUUGCUUAAGGGAUCCAACCGUAAAUCUUCAGGAGGAAAAUAUCAUGGGAAAUAUGGAGAUGACAGAAUUUCAAACAAUCAUGAUUACUCGGAGGAGAAUUUGACAGAUAUUGAGAAAGAAGAAAUUGAUCGUGCAAUAGCGCUCUCUCUUUCAGAGGCAGAUCAGAAAGGGAAAAAAGUUAUUGAGGAUGACUCCGAAUCUGAAGAUGUUGAACUGUGUCAAAUUGAUGAUGAGGAAGAUGAAUAUCAUGGUGAAAUUCAACAAGAUGAUGAUGACCAUCUUGCUAAAAUUCAACAGGAUGAAGACAAACACCUUGAUGAAGCUCAACUUGAGGAAGAUGAACAACUUGCCAGGGCAAUUCAAGAAAGUUUGAGCAUUAGUUCUCAACCUCAAUCUGAUGCUGAUUCUUUAUUUCAACCAUUUGCACACUAUUUCCCAUCAGUAUACAGAAUCUGUGCUGGCUGCAAUGCUGAGAUUGGCCAAGGAAGAUUUUUGAGUUGCAUGGGAGGUUUCUGGCAUCCAGAAUGUUUUUGUUGCCAUGCCUGCAAACUGCCAAUCACUGAUUAUGAGUUUUCCAUGUCUGGAAAUCGCCGUUAUCAUAAAUCCUGCUAUAAGGAGCUGCAUCAUCCGAAAUGUGAUGUUUGCAAGAAUUUUAUCCCACCAAAUUCAGCUGGCCUCAUUGAGUUUAGAGCACAUCCUUUUUGGCUGCAAAAAUAUUGUCCAUCGCAUGAGCGGGACGGCACUCCUCGAUGUUGUAGCUGUCAAAGAAUGGAGUCAGUGGAUGCCAAAUAUCUGUUGCUUGAUGAUGGUCGAACGCUGUGUUUAGAGUGUCUUGACUCAGCUAUCAUGGAUACUCACGAAUGCCAACCUCUCUAUGUUGAAAUACAAGAAUUUUAUGAAGGUUUAAAUAUGAAAUUAGAGCAGCAAAUUCCUAUGCUUUUGGUGGAGAGACAAGCACUGAAUGAGGCGAUGGAGGGGGAAAAGAAUGGUCAUCACCACUUACCCGAAACUAGAGGACUUUGCUUAUCCGAAGAGCAAACUAUCCCCACCAUUUUAAGAAGACCAAGGAUAGGGGCAGGAUACCAGGUCAUAGAUAUGAUAACUGAGCCUUUUAGGCUGAUUCGCCGUUGUGAAGUGACAGCCAUACUUGUUUUGUAUGGCCUUCCUAGGUUAUUAACAGGAUCAAUCUUGGCUCAUGAAAUGAUGCAUGCAUGGCUUAGGCUUAAAGGCUAUGGCAAUCUGAGGCCAGAAGUUGAAGAGGGAAUUUGCCAAGUCUUGGCCCAUAUGUGGUUAGAUUCAGAGAUCUAUUCUAGCUCUGGAAAUGAUGGUGCAUCUUCAUCUUCAUCAUCAUCAUCAUCAUCCUCGUCAUCACCUUCUUCCUCUUCAUCGUCAAAGAAAGGUAAACGUUCUGACUUUGAGAAGAAACUUGGAGAGUUUUUCAAACACCAGAUUGAGUCAGAUAGCUCAACAGCUUAUGGAGAUGGGUUCAGAGAGGGUAACCAGGCUGUGCUUAAAUAUGGGCUUAGAAGGACCCUUGACCAUAUCCGAUUGACCGGAAGUUUUCCAUUUUGAAAGAUGAUGAUGGUAUUUGACUCCUCUAAAGUGAGUAGUUCACUUUGGAGAGUCAAGUAAGGUAUCCCAAUUGUUAAUGAGAAAAUUAAGGUGGUAAAUUUUAAUAAAAUCAUGAUUUAUUAUGCAUGUGCAUGAGACAUCAACCGUAAAUUUUCCAUCAAUGGUUGAGGAGCCAAAUCUAAGAGGAUGAUACAGUUUUGUUUACCUUACAUCAACCAAUAUUUCACCCUUGUCAUAUAAAUUAUAUAGGAGCCAAUAAUUCCAAAAUUAUAUAAAUUUACACUACACUGGACGAAAUAAGGAAUGGAAUGCUCCUGUUAGCCUGUGGUUGAUGAAGCCUUUUUCUUUUUUAAUGUUUGGUUGGUGUAAUUUCCAGAUUCAUAUUCCAUGUUUUACAAAUACCUUCCUCACCUGCAGUUGAAUAUACAAAAACAGCUGAAGCAAUUACAGUGAAUAGAUUGUAUAUUUUGUAUUUUGCCGAUGUUCAUUUCUUUUUU